AUGGCUUCUGAUAGAGAAGACUUUACUCUCUGUGGUCCUUCACACCUCACAAAUUUUGAUUGGGCAAACGAAAAUCACCAACGUUGUGUAGCAGCUUGUUUAGUUCAAGGGAUUUACAUUGUAGAGCGUGAUCGUCAGCUUAAACGUGAAGGCUCUGAAGCUCUCGCAUCUCCAUGGUGGGACUUCUUCAACUUCAAACUCAUCCGUCACCUUGUAGACGACGCCGAUUUCUCCAUCUUCGGCGGCAUUUACGAAUUCAAACCACCACAAGACACCACCACCACCACCACGGUCGUAGACUCUGGAGUUCCACGCUAUGUCUUAGCUUUUAGAGGAACAUUGACUAAACCUGACUCGAUAUCUCGUGACCUUGAGUUAGACAUACACAUUAUCCGAAACGGGCUUCACAAAACGUCCCGUUUCGAGAUCGCUAUGCAAGCCGUGAGAAGCAUGGCUUCUUCUUCUUCCGGUGCGUCGAGCCUCUGGUUAACAGGACAUUCUAUGGGCGCGGCGAUGGCGCUUUUAGCCGGAAAAACAUUGGCAAAGACCGGUGUUUACAUCAGAUCGUCGCUGUUCAACCCUCCGUUUGUUUCUCCACCGAUCGAGAGAAUAGCCAACGAGCGUGUUAGAAGCGGGAUUAGAAUCGCAGGGAGCAUUGUAACAGCGGGUCUCGCUCUCUCAAGAACACUGAAACAAGCACAACAGCAGCAGAACCAGCAGCAAGAAGUGAAACAACAGAACUUGUCUGAAGAUACGAUAAAGGCGCUGUCUUUGUGGUUACCUGAGAUACAUGUGAAUCCAGGGGACCAUCUAUGUUCUGAGUACAUUGGGUUUUUCGAGCACCGAGGAACAAUGGAACAGUUUGGGUAUGGAGCCGGGUUCGUUGAGAGGAUGGCGAUGAAUCAUUCCUUGGGAGGUUUGUUGAUGGAUGCGAUGGGAGUGAGUAAUGCAGUGGAAGUAGAUGAACCGGUUCAUGUGAUCCCAUCGGGUAAGUUAAUAGUAAACAGGACUAAUUCUGAAGAUUACAAGGAAGCUCAUGGGAUACACCAAUGGUGGAGAGAUGACCAAGAUUUGGUUUCUCACAUUUACUUGUUCAAAUAG